AUGGCGGCGUCGUCACUAUGGGUCUCCCAGAUUAUAGAGCCUAUCCUUGACAUCAAGGGUCACGAGCUCGAAAGACAUCGGGUCAAAUUUAAUACUCUAAAAGAGCAGCUGCUGUCUUCGCUUGAAACGGGGGAUAUUCAGGGACGAUUGUCUAAGCUUUUCGACGCUGUAAAUGAGUACUGCGAGCCGGAUAUUUCAUCCGACCGCCGAAUCAAUAUAGUCGAGGCAUGGCGCCAGGGAGUUAACGUCGAUUCGACUACAAUGAAUCGGCUUAAAACAUACGAGAAGAUACUAUUGUCGAAGCUGCAAGUACAGAAAACAAGUGACGAUUGUGUCAAGAUGUAUGUGAUGCGAAUUUUCGCCGACAAUGAGGCAUUGGAGAUACUUGGAGAUCUGAGAUCUUAUAUUCAAGAACACGAGUUGAGCUUGCGGAAAUCGUCUGCACUGGUUGAUCAGGUUGUAGUUCGUUCGUGUAUAGGUGGAUUACUCACAGAGGGUCAUCUCACCCAUGAAAAGGAGAGGGUUCUGCGAGCGCUUCUUCGUAACCCAACGACUCUGGACGAGAUUGCAGACAAUAUAAGCACGCAACUCGACAAUCUCUACCGCUGGUCUUGGGGGGUUGAUGAGGAGGAUAUGCAAGCUCAGCGUACGCAGACUCUAAUACAAGAGAAUACAGAUAUAACCUCUGGGAACAGGAAGCUCCAUGUUCGGAGGGACGAAGACGUCUUACAAGCCAUCUUCAUCUAUUAUGUUAGUUCAAAGAACUGGAGCGUUGUCAAUAAUGCAUUUGGCACUGCAUUAUUCUGUUUUCAAUCGAAAGUGAAAGAAAAGAUGACAUCAAGACUGAAGCAUGAGCUCUUCUCCAAUUCAAGUCUGAAGGGUGCUCCGACAUUAGACGAAUACCGUGUGUAUUUAUCCCGAGCUCAUUUGCCUUCGCCAAAGACCUCAAUACCAGAAUCAGAAAUUUGUAAGAACGGAGCAAAUUCUGGAAAAGGAAAUUUCCAGGACGAGUUGAAAAAACAAUCUGAGAGCGAUGAAAACAGAUAUCUACGCACGCUAGCUGCGGAGGUCGUGGUACAUCGCGCAUUCUACGACGAGGUCGCAGUCGUCCAAGCCUCUUUCUCCCAUAUUAUAUCAAAGUUACCGCACACGACCAUCUUAAGUGUGAUAAGCUGCCUAGGGUUCUCCGGACCAAUGGUAUCUUUUUAUCAAAAGGUCCUCAGCGCACCUCUGAGCAAUGUCUUUGCGCCAAAAAAGGUGAUCUCUCCGCAGCGUGGUAUGCUGUUGAAUCAAGUAACGAAAACCCUUCUCGGGGAGAUAGUCCUCUUCGCCCUGGAUUUUUCUGUUAAAAGUGCUACAGGCCUGGUUUUUUAUCGUAUGGGAAGAGAUUUCUUUGUCUGUGGCAAACCUUCGCUCUGCGCCAGAGCGUGGGAGAAGAUAAAAGAAUUCGCAGGAACGAUGGGGAUCGAGCUCAGUAUCAAGACAAGUGGCUCUGUUUACAUGAUCAGCCCUAACAAGAAGCGCGACAAGAAUAUUGAGGCGGCACUACCUAAAGGCGCUGUUCAUUGCGGCAUGCUGAUGCUAGAUCAAGAUACUGGAGAAUGGAUUCCCGACCAGAGCCAAAUCGAUGCACGUAUAGCUCGUGAUAGUAAGAGACUUGCAGCCUGCAAUAGCAUUCUUCGUUGGGUUGAGAUAUACAAUGAAUCAAUCGAUCAAUUCUACAGCCGUCUUGGAGUUCCUGCCUAUUCUUUGGGCCUGAAGCAUGUGAUGAAUAUAAUGAGCAUGUAUCGGCGCAUUCUCCCGGGUCUCUUGCAGCAAUCGUCCCACAGCUACAGCAAUCAAGACGAUCAAAACGUAUUCGAAGGUACCAUUCUCGCACACCUCAAGGAAAAAAUCCGAAGAGUGACUACCGAAAGAAGAUGUUACGACAGAGUCCGCAAGGCGACUGAGAAACUAGACGCCACUCAGGCUAAGAGAAGAUUCCAUUUCCUAUAUCCCAGUGAUAACGAACGAAAAACAGUAUCAUCAUCACUGCCAGGCCUCACAAGCUUUAUGUUGAGCUACGAAGAAUACACGCAACAUCGCGAAUGGACGAGCCCGCUUCUUCAGAAAACCUAUGAGAAGCUUCUAGAUGGACCAUUCUGGAAAGAUAUCGAGCUCAGGUUCAACUUUGAGAAGCCUGUGACAGAGAAGCUGCUAAACGCCGGUAUCAGCACUUGGGCUGAGUUUCUUCAACUCAAAUGGAUGGAAACCGAAUGUAAAAAAGAACUUGAAGAUUAUUGCGGUGGUAGCUACACAAUUGUCGACAAGAAGUAUCUAUUGUGGCGGGUACUGGCUACGUUGAGAGCCCUUGAGGAGGAUGAAGCUGAGCACCGCAAGCCUCUCUCAUCCAUCCCUAUAACUGACAAUGUUGUCGUGGCAAAUAACCCGAUCUCAUCUCAUAGAUCCUCCAACCAACCAACAAAUCCAUUGAGACUAAUACCACCAGCCUAUCGUACCCUCCUCACCACUCUACACGUCCUGUACCCAUCUACGCUGCUCCCUGCCCUGGAUCUUCUAGACAGACGACUCGUGACCCGCGUGGUUCUCAAGGGCGAUGUAGCAGAUCAUUCCAGACAUACACAAGCAGGCCACAAUCUCACCACGCCUCAAGAUGAAGAAUCGCAAGGCGACAUUGAGCAAACACCAACACCCCUCUACCAUCUAGUCCGCUCCGCACAACCCCAGUCCCACAGACGUCAGAACGCUUCAUCAGCCGGGGGCCAAGUCUACAUAGUCCGUCUAGAAAGCUGGAACUGCACCUGCGCAGCCUUCGCCUUCUCCGCCUUCCCGCCUCUGUCCGCGCCUGUCUUCCCGCCUGGAUCCGGACAGUGCUCUGCGGGCGGAUAUCAAAUACACCCGGCCAAUGCGCAGGGAGAUGCGAAAGGUCGAGGCGCCGAUGUAGCCAGUGGCGAUGAUGACGCUGCGGAGCAGAUGUGGGAGUUCGGCGGCUUGAGUACGGAUGGGAAGGACGGGGUGGGAGGCGUCCCCUGCUGUAAGCACAUCCUCGCCUGCGUGUUGGCUGAGAAAUGGGGCGAGGUGUUAGGCGGGUACAUUGAGGAGCGUCUAGUGGGAAGAGAGGAGGCCGCUGGCUUGGUUAGUGACUUAUGA